AUGAGCGACAAAGAACCUUUACUACAGACAUCAUUGCAAUCAGCCGUCAGUAGUGACGAUGGAAAUCAUGGUAAUCAAGACGGUAAACAAACGUUAUCGGGCAGUGUAUCCAAUUGGCUUCGAAGUCUUUAUGCUCGAGAAGAUGUGCGAAAACAUGACCAACUAGUUGAUAAUACUGAAGCAGAUGAUGUUGACGAGAAUUCUUUAAUGGGAAUUAUCCAACUAGUCUUGCGCUAG